UCACUUACAGAUGGAGAGACCCAGCGGCUUCGUUCACAGUCUAGUCAAACCGACGUGACAGCAGCAUAAACCAAAGCGCCGCUACUUUCCCAAGGCAUAUGUUGAGAGCUCAGGCUUUAGUGUAAUCAUACAUCCAGGUGAGGUGAUCUGAGCACCGUUUUUCCACGCAUCUACCCCUUCAGCGCUUCGGCUCCAUGACGGGACUGUGUGCGCUCUGCCUGACCGCGCUGCUCGCAGCUUUCGUCCGGCGGGCAGCAAGCGUCAGCCCAGUGGUCCGCUGCGAGCCAUGUGACGACGGGGCGAUGGUGCUGUGUAAACCGCUGCCCCAGGACUGCGCCGAGCCGGUAAAGGAGCCGGGCUGCGGGUGCUGCAUGACUUGCCCGCUAACCGAGGGCCAGGCGUGCGGAGUGUACACAGGGCGCUGCGGUACCGGGCUGAGCUGUCAACAUCGCCCCGGGGAAAGCAAACCUCUGCAGGCUCUGCUGGAGGGACGGGGCGUAUGUGCGAAGGCACCGGACAAAAAGCCCAGCGGCAAUCCAUCGCACGGACACGAUAACCCUGAAGAGGAAGGAGAGGAACAUAUCUCCAAUGGUACCAGGGCAACAGGCGCCGGUGGAGCUGAGACAGUCCAGGACACAACAAUUGUUUCCGGAGACACGCAGGGAGGGCCGAGGACGGCAAUAGAGCCCAUAGAUUCUAUGUCACACCCCAAAGAGGAGAUGAUCAAAAGAGAUCAAUUAAAGAAAAGUCAGACCUUUAAAGGGGAGCCAGUUUCCAGUGGGGUUCAUACAGAUAUUCACAACUUCAGUGUGGAGUCAAAGAGAGAAACUGAAUAUGGCCCAUGUCGUCGGGAGAUGGAGAGUGUUAUGAAGACUUUAAAGAUCUCAAAUGUGCUGAACCCAAGAGGCUUCCGCAUUCCAAACUGCGACCAAAAGGGUUUCUACAAGAAAAAACAGUGCCGUCCAUCCAAAGGGCGCAGAAGAGGCUACUGCUGGUGUGUGGACAAGUAUGGACAACACAUACCCGGCUACGACGGAAAGGAGAAACUCCACUGCAUUAACAUGGAGACAAAGUGAAGGGAAGAGAGAGGCAGAGCGGUGGAAACAGGGAGACAAAGAGGGAUAUCUCCCCUAAAGAACUACAUGAAUACAAAUUCAAAAGUGCUGUCCCAAAGCUGACCUCCCACUUGUAUGCUGAGGCAUGGACUCACGUGACCAGCAACUCACUUUACACUUCAGGAGAGUGGGGAGAACGAGAGGAGGAGACAGAGAGAGUGUCAUGUCUUCAGUUUCGGACUGUAUCCUGAGAGGGAAGUGUGAACAUAGUCAAAAGUACAAGCAAAUUUUAACUCCGUAACGGCACACUAUGUCUGAGCAUAUGUACUCUUGUGUACACGAGGGACGUUGUGUACUUGUUCCGUCUCUCUUUUCUGCUACAGCGUGUAUCACUCUCUGCCAGCGGCUCUCUCUAAGUCCUACUUCCUGUUUCUGCCCUCCUGGUGUAGGGUCGUUUAAACUGGGCAUGCUCAGUGGCACUAGGCGGCUCUAGCCAUAGACUCCAUCUGAAGCACAAGCACUUCAUGCACUUUGGCCCCCCCUGAACACGUACUCCAGCCUGUCACAACGGCCAACAGAUAGAUAAAACAAUUCGACCAAUUGUAAACGAUUCUAUACCAGGACAUACUUAGAUGAACGCCCGUUUUGUUUAUAUUAUCUUACAUCGGACGCAGAGCUGUUAGCUUGUGUUGUCGGGACAGCAUUGAUAUGCUCCACGUGGGCAUUAUCUCACUUUCAAAACAUCAUGAAGCACUUUGAAUAUAAGAUUUAUGCUCCAGUUGCUGACUAUCAUUGUCCAUCACAUUUCUAAGUCUUUGCUGAAAGCAUGUAUUUUGUGCAACGUCUUGUUUAUGGGUUUGAAUGUAACUGUAAAGCUACAGUGCCCUGAAUUACCGCUGCGAAAUCAGUGUAGCUAUGGCAGUUUGUGAAAUCGAUGCCUUAACAAAACCCGUGCGGAAAUUUGUCGCAGGUUUUUCCGCCCUCUGUCUCUCUAAAUAUCCAUAUUGAUCACCCCAGUAGGAAAGCUACAGGCUAACAUGGCGGCCAUGUUGGAUAACCAGGGCUAGUGUUGUUGUCUCAAAACUGACCUCCUGAGAAAAGACUUGAAAGGUGGAGGGUGCCAGAGAGGUAGCCCACACGUUAGCUUAUUAGCAUAGCGUCAACAAAUAGCUCACCCCUUUCCCAAACAGCUAAAGAAAUGACAAACAAAAAAUGUUUGGUGCUACACCUUAUCUGACUUGAUUAUGGGGAAAGAGCAUAUGAGUGUGCUAAGCUAUUAGCCCUUCCUUAACUUGUAAUUUUGUUUUGUAAAAAAAAAAAAAAAAUGUUAUAUGAAUCUAUAUUUUGUUUCAGGCCAGCUAAAGAGGCAUGUGAACUUUAUGCUAAAAAGAUUAUUUAUCCAAGAAAGAAAUAUAAGCUGAUCCAAACUAUGUCUUUGAGAACAAUUCAGUGACCCGUUGAUUGCACAGUAGUGAAACAUAGAACUCAGCAUAUUUUUGGGAAUAUAAUCACUAAAGUCUUUUGUUUUUGUUUUAGGUUUGUUGUUUAUCUACAGUGCCGAGUACGACGUGUCUUUUGUUAGCUUAGCAAAGAUGCUGUCCUCGAAUCGUUUUGCGUAAGGUUUAGUUUAAAUCUUCAGGUUAUGUAGGCCUUCUAUGGUAUGAAUUAAGCUAAAUCUAAGCUUAACUUUAGCUAACUUAAGCUAAACUAAGCUAAAGUAAAGUGAACACUAAGAUUCAGUAAAGCUGAGGCCAAGCGUGUUUCAAAGAACAUCCAAGGUCAAUGUUCAAGCUAUUUGAUCUUCAAGAAAGCUUGCCACCCUCAUUCUGUGCAAUGCCAGGGUCUCUCACCCGCAAGUCACUUUUAAAGAUCCCUCCGUUCACGGGUAAUUGCUUUUUUUUUUCAGUUAAAAUUAUGAUUCUUUAAAAAGCUUUUUAUGUUACUAAACUAGAAAUUAUACAGCUAUUACUUUCUUCAAGAAAGGAAAUGUUUUUGUUCAAAUAUAAUUUGUAUUUAAUGCCUUGUUUUUUUUUUUUUUAAUAAAAAAUGUAAACACUAUUUUAUUUACACGAUGACAGACUGUAAUUUCACAACUUCUACAAAAUUGAAGGGAUUGUUCACCCUAAACUGAAAAUUCUGUUCAUUUUGUACAUAGAGUGAAAGUCAGUGGAGUCCAAUGUUGUUCAACUGACAAAAGCAGUUCUUCAAAAUAUCUUCUUCCACAAAAUAAAAAAAUGCAGGUUUGGAAU